GAUCGAAAAAUUCAUUUUGUGAUUAGAAUCGACCAAACCACUACUACUCUGAUAUUUGAAGAAAUGAACGAUAAAUGGAAGGCGCUUUUCCCUCUUAUUUACGGUUAUUUUCUCUACCAAACUUGCUUCUAUGUAUAUAUCGCUCUCUUCGUACGUCUUGACGUAAUUUUUCGUGUGACGAUCGCAAUAAUCGCAGUGGUAUUUUUCAUUGGAGCUUUAAUAGUGUCGUGGGCAUUAUCAAAUUUUACCUCAAUCAUAUACGACAGUUUUAUCAACAUCGGGAAAUAUAACUCUUCUAUUUACCCAUUGACAUACAGAUUUAAAAUUAUUUGCUUAAUGAAAAGAUUCGGAGGAAGACCUUUCGGGAUAUCGAUGUGGGGAUUUUUUUACGUCAAAAGAAAUUUUUUGAUCAGGAUGGUGAGUGGAUUGUAUUCGUUUUUUUCUACUCUAAUUGAAUUGACCGGUGUUCUACAAAAUAAAAGAUGCUCUGCUGAAAGCUCUUUAAACUAUACGUUCAAGAAUGAAACAUAUAAUUGAAAGUUUUCAUACCGGCACAUUUACUGGAAAACUUUUUAUGUACGACAGCCAUUAAUUUUUAUUGAAAAAGUACGGAAAUUUCACUGUUAAUAAGAACGAUGAGUGUAAUGCCUUUCCUUCAGUGAUACAGUCUCUAAAACUACUAAUAUAAUCUGGAUUGCA